AUGGGUAUUGCUAGUUCUAGAGAACGUUAUGGACAUAACCGAAGACAUCAGUCUCCAGUACGACAACAUGGUAAUUAUGGUGAAAGCAGACAUAGAAGAAGUCCACUUCGAAGAACAAGAGCAGCUCCAACAACACACUCUGUUAGACAAUAUCAAUAUUCUCGGCAUCGAUAUCCAUAUGGUCGACAUCGUUUUAUUCCGCCAAUACCUCCCUAUCCACAGCCUUCGCCAGCAUUUCAAUUUACUUUGCCAAAACCAUACAGUAAUUAUACUGGCUAUUCUUACGGUAAUUAUGCUAACUACCUUAACAAUAAUUAUGCUGCCUAUCCUUCCAUACGACCAAAUCAACCUAUGAUGAUGCCGCUACCACAGUCGGUUUCACCUAUGAUGAUGUUGCCAACACAGCAGAUUCCACCUAUGAUAAUACCGCGUCCACAACAAGUUCAACCUAUGAUGCUGCCACAACAGAUACCACAAUUUCAGCCUAUUAUGUUACCACAACAAGUACCGAAGCCUGAACCUAUGAUGAUACCUCAGCAAAUAGCACCAUCAAUUUCUUCACCCUAUUUAUCUUCUCCUUAUCCUAUGGGUAUGUCAAUGUCGCCAACACCAUAUAUACAACAACAGCCACAACCUCAACCUAUUGUUAAUAACAUAGGAGUUUCUCCUCCGAUAUCUCCGGCUAUGGGGAGUCCACUUCUACCAAGUCCUGUACCAUUUCAAGGAAGAUCUCUAAAUGUUUUUACAGAUUGGACAGGUGGUGGAAAAAUUUCUCCUGGUUUUCUUGGACCUCCUAUUUAA